AUCAUUCAAGAGGAGCGAUCCUGUGAACCCAUAUCAUGUAGGUUCUGGCUACGUCUUUGCGCCAGCCACUAGCGCCAAUGACAGUGAGAUAUCCAGCGACGCACUGACUGAUGAUUCCAUGUCCAUGACGGACAGUAGUGUAGAUGGGAUCCCUCCUUACCGUGUGGGGAGUAAGAAACAGCUCCAGAGAGAAAUGCAUCGCAGUGUGAAGGCCAAUGGCCAAGUGUCUCUACCUCAUUUCCCGAGAACCCACCGCCUGCCCAAGGAGAUGACCCCCGUGGAGCCUGCCGCCUUUGCGGCCGAGCUCAUCUCAAGGCUGGAGAAGCUGAAGCUGGAGCUGGAGAGUCGCCACAGCCUGGAGGAGCGACUGCAGCAGAUCCGCGAGGAUGAAGAGAAAGAAGGGUCAGAGCAGGCUUUGAGCUCACGAGAAGGGAUGCCGACCCAGCAACCCCUGUCCCUCCUGCCCUCUGGCAGCUAUGAGGAGGACCCACAGACCAUCUUGGACGACCACUUGUCUAGAGUCCUCAAGACCCCUGGCUGCCAGUCGCCUGGUGUGGGCCACUACAGCCCACGCUCCCGCUCUCCCGACCACCACUACCACCACCAUCAGCAGUACCACUCCCUUCUCCCACCCGGAGGCAAGCUGCCUCCCGCCGCUGCCUGCCCGUUCCUUGGGGGCAAGGGCUUCGUGACCAAGCAGAUGACGAAGCACGUCCACCACCACUACAUCCACCACCAUGCCGGUCCCAAGACCAAGGAGGAGAUCGAGGCUGAAGCCACGCAGAGGGUACGCUGCUUCUGCCCUGGGGUCACUGAGUAUUACAGCUACUCAAAAUGCAAGAGCCAUCCCAAGGUUCCAGAAGGCACGGCAGGGGAUCAGUUCAGUGCACCCAGAGGCAGUACCUUGCCCAAACGAAAUGGGAAAGGCACCGAGGCUGGCCUGGCCCUGCCCGCCAGGGAAGGAGGGGCCCCUGGUGGAACUGGAGCCCUGCAGCUUCCUGGAGAGGAAGGAGACCGGUCGCAGGAUGUCUGGCAGUGGAUGAUGGAGAGCGAGCGGCAGAGCAAGCCCAAGCCCCACAGUGCCCAAAGCACUAAAAAGGCUUACCCUUUGGAGUCUGCCCGUGUGUCCUCAGGUGAACGAGUCAGCCGGCACCACCUGUGGGGGGGCAGUGGGCACCCCCGCACCCAUCCAUUUACCCAGGACCCUGCAAUGCCUCCUCUGACCCCACCCAAUACUCUGGCGCAGCUGGAGGAGGCCUGCCGCAGGCUGGCGGAGGUAUCGAAACCCCCAAAGCAGCGGUGUUGCAUGGCCAGUCAGCAGAGGGAUAGGAACCACUUGGCCACUGGUCAGGUGGGAACCCUGCCUUUCUCCAACUCAAGCCUGGCUCCAGAAGAUCACAAAGAGCCAAAGAAACUGGCAGGGGUCCAUGCACUCCAGGCUAGUGAGUUGGUUGUCACUUACUUUUUCUGUGGAGAAGAAAUUCCAUACAGGAGGAUGCUGAAGGCCCAGAGCUUGACCCUGGGCCACUUUAAAGAGCAGCUCAGCAAAAAGGGAAAUUACAGGUAUUACUUCAAAAAAGCUAGUGACGAGUUUGCCUGCGGCGCGGUUUUUGAGGAGAUCUGGGACGAUGAGACAGAGCUGCCGAUGUAUGAAGGCCGGAUUCUGGGCAAAGUGGAGAGGAUCGAUUGAGCCCUGGGGGUCUGGCUUUGGUGCACUGUGGAGCCUGAAGCUCACCAGACCUGUCUUGGACCUAAGCGACAGCCACAAACCAUUCUGAAGGAAAAUUAAACCAAUGAAGAAAGACAAAGUCUAGGGAAGCGUUGGCCAUUGGGCCUUGGGGAGGGUGGGGGAGGUUGUUUUCAUUAUUCAUGAGCUGGGUACUGAGACAAGAAAAGCCUGAACUAUUUAUUAAAAACAUGACCACUCUUGGCUAUUGAGGAUGCUGACUGUGUUUGAGAGACUGCCAUACAUAAUAUAUGACUUCCUAGGGAUCUGAAAUCCAUAAACUAAGAGAAACUGUGUAUAGCUUACCUGAACAGAGUCCUUACUGAUAUUUAUUGAACAAUUGAUUCCCCUGUCCCCAGUUUAUGGAUAUGCUGCUUUAAACACAGAAGGGGGAGGGAGGAAAUUUGUUCUGUCUGAACUUAGGAGCUGAGCUAGCAGUGCAUUCACGAUUCCUUCGUUAACAGAGGAAUAGGCUUUGUGCUUUUUCUCCAAGUGAAGACAGACUUUUAAAAAAAAAUGGCGUGCUACUAUUGAC